AUGUCUCCAUCCGUCUGCUAUCCCGACAAGGUCGAUAUCGUCGACAUCCGUGAAAAUGAUGUGGAUUUCUCCCUGGUGAAUGAAAUCCAUAACAGCAUUAAUCCCCCAGAGGGCAGAAGACGAUCAAUGCCUACAAUACUACUAUAUGACACUCAGGGACUUAAGCUGUUCGAGGAUAUUACUUAUUUAGACGAGUACUAUUUGACCAACGCGGAAAUCGAAGUUCUGGAGAACAACGCCAGGAGACUCGUUGAGCGGAUACCAAACAAUGCGCAAUUACUGGAGCUGGGUAGUGGGAACCUUCGAAAGAUCGAGAUACUGCUCAGAGAAUUUGAGCGCACAGGGAAGAAUGUGGACUACUAUGCUUUGGACCUGUCUUUGUCCGAGUUGCAGCGUACAUUCUCUGAGGUCUCUGUCAACGAGUAUGUGCAUGUGGGACUUCACGGUCUCCAUGGAACGUAUGAUGAUGCUCUUGCUUGGUUAAGUAACCCUGAAAACCGGAAGCGCCCAACUGUUGUUAUGUCAAUGGGGUCCUCUAUUGGGAACUUUGGUCGUUCAGAGGCAUCACAGUUUCUCAACGGAUUUUCCAAGGUACUGGGCCCAUCUGACCUCAUGGUGAUUGGUCUGGAUGCUUGCAAGAAUCCAGAAAAAGUACACAGGGCCUACAAUGAUAGCAAGGGGAUCACUCGUCAAUUCUACGAGAAUGGGUUGGUGCACGCAAAUUCAGUCUUAGGGUUUGAAGCUUUCAAACCUUCUGAGUGGGAUAUCGUAACCCGCUACGAAUAUACUGAAGGACGACACCAGGCAUUCUACUCUCCUAACAAGGAUGUGACCAUCAAUGGAAUCACCAUUCCAAAGGGCGAAAAGCUUGUAUUUGAAGAAGCAACCAAGUACAGCCCCAAGGAGCGGGAUCAAUUGUGGCGGGAUGCUGGUCUGAUUCAUGGUGCUGAGUUUGGGAAUAGCUCUGGUGAUUAUCAUCUCCAUCUACUCUCUUCAGCCAACCUCAACCUGCCUACACAGCCUUCACAGUAUGCAGCCCAUCCGAUUCCCAGCCUUGAAGAUUUCGAAUCCCUAUGGACCGCGUGGGACGUAGUUACCAGGUCGAUGGUCCCUCGCGAAGAUCUUCUUUCUAAGCCGAUCAAGCUUCGGAAUGAUUUGAUUUUUUAUCUUGGGCAUAUCCCAACUUUCCUAGACAUCCAUUUGACUCGAGCUCUAGGUGGAAAACCAACCGAGCCAAAGUCUUAUCAACAGAUCUUUGAACGCGGAAUCGAUCCAGACGUGGAAGACCCGGAGCAGUGUCAUAGCCACAGUGAAAUUCCGAAUGAAUGGCCUCCUCUCUGCGAAAUUGUUGAUUACCAAUGGCAGGUUAGAAAUCGUGUGAGGUCAAUCUUCCAGCUGGACGGCUUGGCACAGAAUCGAGUUCUUGGAGAAGCGCUGUGGAUUGGCUUUGAGCAUGAAGCAAUGCAUUUGGAAACAUUUUUAUACAUGCUUCUUCAAAGUGAAAGAACACUUCCGCCCCCUGCUGUGAAUAAACCAGAUUUUGAGGCAAUGUUUCGCCACUCUAGGAAGAACGCGAAGCCAAGCAAAUGGUUUUCCAUACCAGAACAGACACUGUCAAUCGGACUCGACGACCAAAACGACAAAGUUCCUCCUAGGGAUUCUUUUGGAUGGGAUAACGAGAAACCCGAACGGGUUGUGACUGUUCAUGCAUUCGAGGCACAGGCCCAACCUGUCACAAAUGGGGAGUUUGCGAAGUAUUUGCAGGAUAGCCAGCUGCGACAAACUCCAGCAUCUUGGGUCCUGGUACAUGCAGAUAAAGAUCAUCCAAUCAACAAAUCUGCCAACGGGUCCAGUAAUCAUGCCACAAAUGAUUUUAUGGCUUACUUUGCUGUUCGCACCGUGUUUGGCCCCGUCGCGCUCGAAUUCGCUCAGGAUUGGCCCAUGAUUGCAUCGUAUGAUGAACUGGCUGAAUACGCUAAAUGGAUGAACUGCAGAAUCCCAACAUACUAUGAGACUAGGAGUAUCUAUAAUCAUGCAGCUCUACUCAAGGAGAUGGAGUAUCAUGGAACAGCAGAUGGCCAUAGAGCCGAAGAAAAGAACGGUAGCAACGGACUUGAAAAUAUGAACGGAAACGGUUAUCUCAAGGCCAAUCCUAAAAACCCUCGUGCCCCGGAUCACCAGCCAGUUCGGUCAUCUUCCUCGAGCACCCUGCCAGUGUUUAUUGACCUCAACGAUUGCAACGUUGGGUUCAAGCACUGGCAUCCUACCCCAGUCACUCAAAACGGCGACCGGCUCGCUGGUCAGGGUGAACUGGGAGGCGUCUGGGAAUGGACCAGCACGCCACUCGCGCCACAUGAUGGCUUCAAAGCCAUGGAGAUCUAUCCAGGAUAUACAUCUGAUUUCUUCGAUGGAAAACACAAUGUCAUCCAGGGUGGCUCUUGGGCUACUCAUCCUCGAAUCGCGGGACGAACAACAUUUGUCAAUUGGUACCAGCACAAUUAUCUGUACGCUUGGUCAGGAGCCCGUCUUGUGCGCGAUAUUUGA